AUGCCGCCUCAUCCAUUGGAAAUCCCAGAGAUCCUAGCUCUCGUCGGCUUCUUUCUACCUCUAUGGGAAGAAACAUACCUCUACGACUCAUGGACUAUCACCUUCGAACUCGCACCACAAACACUCUGCCACUGUCUCCUGGUUUCCAAGCUAUGGCACACUACCCUGUUACCCAUCCUCUGGAGCGGACUAUGGGCCGACCUUUCUAUGGACCGCGUACCGAACAAAGUCAUCAGUCGUCACAGCCACCUCUUCCAGACCCUGCACUUUCAUAGAGAGAACCAGCGGCGGGAUUUUCGGCUCUUCAAAAACUGCACCAACCUUGUCGAGCUCAGGGUCUUUCAUGACGACAAGAAAUACCGCAGAACCGAUGAGGCAGCAGGAUCUGGAAAGCAAUUGCUCCGAGCGAACCCACGACUGAAGGUCCUAGGCUGGGAGGGCGACGAGCCUUGGUUUGUUCCCCUGGAUGUCGAAGACCUUGCUGGGUUUACGCAUCUUGAGCGACUAUCGCUGGAUGGGUGGGAUUGCUCUGGGGGACGGCUUGGACAGGUGCUGAGGCUUCUUGCGGGGACACUGAGGAAACUGAGUAUCAAGUCACUCGAAGGAUUGCGACCAGAGGAACUUUUGCAACAAACACCGACGCCACACUCACAAUCACAGCAGGACAGCAGCGACAGAGAUGGCGCAUUAGUCCUUGAUCACCUCGAUUCUCUCACCGUGGAUAAAUUUUCUGAGCCCAUCGACCUUUACCUCUAUGAACUGGUCAAGCACUGCCCUAGCCUAACGAGCCUCCAGCUGUGCCUGGACGAUACCACCUUGGAUACAACACUCCUUGCCAACUGCCUCCAGACCAACUGCCCCAACCUUAACUCCCUAUGCCUUCCACUACCCUUGCAGGCACGGCACAUUAAGGCAUUGGUCCGACACAGCUCGAGAAAUGGACUUCGAAGACUCCGCUUUUGUGUCCACGGUCCAGAACAUGGCCUUGUUUCGGCCAUUAUCACGCACGCCCCAACACUGGAGAGCCUUUGCAUUUCCAAAGCCGACGAUACCAUGGACCCUGAGGAAUACCUUCGAUAUCUGGUUGACUGCACAAGGCUGAAAAGGUUCACGUUGUCCCAUAUCUUUCCACUCUCUUUCAACCUCCUGGAGCUGUGGGGCCGACAAACAUGGGGGUGUCGAGAUCUUGAGGACAUGAGCAUCAACAUUACGAUCCCUCGGGAAGAACGACUACAGCACUACGCAGAAACUGAGGCCCGGACAGAGGAGGUGUUGAGUAUUCUCUCUGACAUGGGUUGGGAGCACAUCUACCGCUUCUAUACUCGUGAGGAGAUACGGCGAUUGAUGACGAACGGGACAAGGCUUCGGCAAAUAUUGGAGCUGUUCCGCGUUCAACAGCUGGAUAAGAUUCGAAAGAUGGAGUUGAACCAUCUUGGGUUCCGGCCCGUUACUGGCAGGCGUUUGUAG